CACACGAGAUCUCGUCGGGUGAAAGUGAAAGUACUGCUGUGGAAUAUAAAGCUCUACUGCAGGCUUCUGACCAGUCAUAACCCGAUUGGAAGAGCAUCAAAUUUGGAUCGAGCUGCAUCACAGCACAGACUGCAGAUCUACAGAUUAAACACAGUCUUCCUUCUCAGAUUUCUGCUCUCUGCUCAGAGAAUCAGGAAGACACAGAGACCUUCAUCAUGGCCACCGCUGACCAGCUGCUAGAGCUGAUUUUCUGCUGGAUCGAGGAGAGGGAGCACUUUGCAGACAAUCUGAGGAAACUGGCAGAGGAGCUGGAGUCACUCAGAAAAAAAUGCAAUGUCGGUGAAUGUGUUAGCAGCUCAUUUACGGUGUUAGGAGCUGCAAGUAUGAUCGGGGCUGGUGUGGCCACUGUGUUUACGUUUGGAGCAGCUGCUCCACUUAUGAGUUUGGCAGCUACAUUUACAAACACGGGUUGUGUUGUUUAUCAAGGUACUGAACUCAUUGAGGACUUUUUAUCCUGCAGCAUUAUGAAGAAGUUGCAGGAUAUAGAAAAGAAAAGCAACAAAAUUGCAAGAGAAAUACAGCAGAUGCUGAAGCCUGAGAAGGAAGUGGCAAGUCUCUCAGCAGAAGCAGAUGAAUUGGAGCAUCACAUCAUGGCUGAAAUUCUGAGAGCUAUUGCGAGACAGAGUGGUGUAAAUGUUCAAAUCAUCAAUGACUCUGUGAUCAGUGACAUUCUCAAUCACAUGCUUCAAGAGUUUCCUCUGGAGAAAAUCAGUGAUGUACACAGUCGCAGGGCUGGGAGGGGUUCUUCGUCAGCGAGGGUGGGACGACGAUCAGAGGGGCACUUUGCAAGACAGAGUGGUCUAUAUGUUCAAAUCAAUAAUGACUCGAUCAGUCACACCCCUCAAGAGUUUCUUCGGGAGAAGAUCAGUGAUGUACACAGUCGCAGGGCUGGGAGGGGUUCUUCGUCAGCGAGGGUGGGACGACGAUCAGAGGGGCACUCUGGAGAUUGGAAGGGCACUGUCCCCUCAUUCUUUAUCCCUUCCCAGAUAAAAGAGACAUGCCUGGAAAACAUUAAAAUCCCGAUUAAUCCUUGGGUUAUUUCAACUGUUGGGAUUCUUACACCUGUCUUGAUUAUUAUUGGACAUGACAAGAAAAGGAUAACUAAAUUGAGAGAUACAGUACGUCAAAUUUAUAGAUCAGCUAGAUUUCCAAAAAGGUUUAUUUCCAACAGCAUAGGAGGUGUCAUGGUUGCUGGAGGACUUUGCUUAAUGGAAUAUGCACUUCCUGAAAUGAUUGACAACUGGACAAAAAUGAUUGAGGGGAAUCAUGUGACUGAAGCCAGCCAAUCACUGAGAGACACAGCCGACAGAAUCCAAAACGCCACUCAGACAAUGAAGGAACAGAUCAAAAAAACCAAGAAAAUGUUACAAGUGAUUGAGCAGAAGCAGCAGGAGUCACAAGAGACUGAACAGGAGGUGCAGGAGUCACAAGAGACUGAACAGGAGGUGCAGGAGUCACAAGAGACUGAACAGGACGAGCAGGAGUCACAAGAGACUGAACAGGAGGUGCAGGAGUCACAAGAGACUGAACAGGAGGUGCAGGAGUCACAAGAGACUGAACAGGAGGUGCAGGAGUCACAAGAGACUGAACAGGAGGUGCAGGAGUCACAAGAGACUGAACAGGAGGUGCAGGAGUCACAAGAGACUGAACAGGACGAGCAGGAGUCACAAGAGACUGAACAGGAUGAGCAGGAGUCACAAGAGACUGAACAGGAGGAGUGGAAGAGGAAAAAGAGGAAAAAGACUGAUCAGGAGGAGCAGGAGUCACAAGAGACUGAACAGAAGGAGUGGAAGUGGAAAAAGAUUUAUCUUAUUUAUCUUCUUCUGCUGUGCCUGUUUCCGACAGUGUAUCCUCCUGCAGUGAGUGUGGGGUUGCUCAAUGCUCAUUCAAUACUAAGUAUCAAAAAUAUGAAGGAAAAAAGACUCAGUAUCAAUAAUCUCAUAACAGAACAUAACCUGGAUGUCUUUCUCAUGACAGAGACAUGGUUAAAAAAUGAAACUGCAGAUGUAGCCCUUAGUGAAGCUUCGCCGAUAAACUUCACGUUCCAUCACGAGUGUAGGAAUACUGGAAAACGAGGAGGAGGUGUUGCCAUUCAGUAUUCAGAGGAGUUGAACUCUAGUAGAAUUUGUUUAAACUCUACAACAAUCUUUGAAUAUGUGGCCGCAACUCUGAGACAUGAAGAGUGGGACGAAGAUGUUGUGUUCAUAACUGUGUAUAACCCACCGACAAACCCCCCUCCGUUCAAGGAUUUCCUUGAGGAGUUGAAAAGGCUCUUAAAUGAGACCAAUCACUGUGCCAUUGUGGCUGGUGAUUUUAAUUUCAAUGUCAAAAACAACAACAGCAGCAAAAAACCCAGCGAGGACCAAAUAGAGAAGUUUAAAAAGGCCUAUAAUACGUAUGGCUUUAAACAGCAUGUAGAUGAGCCAACACACAAGAAAGGUAACACCCUGGAUCUGGUUUUCAGCAGAAAUGUUGACGUUUUUAACAUCAGAAUCAAUAGAGAUAAGUAUAAGAAUUUAAAUAAAAACAUUUCAGAUCAUUCUACCAUAUAUUUUGACAUUAGGCCAUUGCCAAAGUCAAAAAAUGCAACAACUAAGGCAAAUCCAUUUAAAAAGGAAGAAUAAUCAUGUAAAUAUGUGCAGUCGAGUCAUAUUUAACUGUAUAUCGCUUUUUACAAUACACAUUAUUUGAAAGCAGCUUUACAUACAGUGAUCAUAUUUAAUGAGGAGUAACUAUGUUACACAAUAUAAUUUUAAUUUUGGUCUGUAACUUCUAGUUGUAGAGACAAAUCUUAUUUCACAAAGCAUCAUUAUGUCAUGGUAAGUGUGUUUUUUACAGUUUAUGGUCAAACACCGGCACCCGGCAUUUUUAACAUGCUGAAACAUGGAAAACAGCGAUAAAGACACUUAUUUACCUGCAGGGUUAUCUUCUUUUCUUCGCCUCGAAUUCUGAAAGUUGUCAUAGGAGGUUUUGUCUCUUAGCCCCACUUUUUGCUCUUUCAGUCUUGUAGAUUGUUUACAUCUCCGUUAUCACAAAACCCACGACACACAACAAACAGCUCUUCAAGAGAAAAAUAAAUGUAAAAUAAAAAUAAAUGAAAUGGAAGUUUAAAAUACAGCCGUGACUUUUAAUUUAAAAGUACAAAUAAAUUAAAAUAUUCCUAAAAUAAAUAAAUAAAUAAAUAAAUAAAGCUUUCUUCUUAUUGCACUCUUUUAGGCUUCCAUCCAAUGUGGCGUUCCUUAAAAUUUGUUUUUAGAAAUGCAACCUCAUAUAAUGUCCAUCAGUGGCAUGUGACACAUUGCCUGACCUGUUUUUACAGUUCUUGUAUCUGUGCACAUGUAGUGUGAUACCACUGCUGGCAUUUGGAGCUCCUUGUAAUGAGCUGUUCGGCAAACACAGUAAACUGGUACUUCAGUUUUGGUCACGUUUGCCUCAGAUUCACCCUCUCGAGUCUUUAUGAUAAAUGUGAUGCUCUGUUUCGUUAAUGAUGAAUACAGCUGUGCCCUGAGCCUGCCCUCAUUAAACAUGCACAUUUCUGGUGGAUGACCCUUGCAUAAAGCAUAUGCAAAUGCUAUUGUAAACAGGCCACAGUUGCUCAAAUUUGACUGCUGCUGCACAGCUGGCUGCAGGACAUCAAAAUGGUCUGACUGUGGCCUUACCUUCCAGGGCAUAACUCACUGAAACCAUCAAUGUUCGCACUGUCCUUUGCCAUGAUGUAGCCGGCCAGGUCGAUGACAUCACAGGUCAACCAGAAAUCCUAGUGAAGAAUUUGUUGCAGCAUGUUUACUUUUGGUGGCCUGGAUAGUCUUCUUGGAGCAGUUAUUUCUGAAGGAUUUAAAUGAUUCCAGAUUGGCCCCUCGAUUUUUGACCAUCUUCUCCUGAUGUUCUUCACUGGACCUUUCUGUAAAUAAAGAAGAAUUUUAUUCCACUUACAAUUCAAAUGUGAUGCUAUGUAAACAUGAAAUGUUGUGUGUGAUCUUAGUCUAUCAAGUGUCUUUUUAACAUGGCACAGCAGUGUCAGUGCUGAGUUUGGAUCGGGACCUUCUAGAAAACCACAAGAUAAAUGUGAGGGCCUGAUGCAGGCGAAGAGAGAAUUAUGUUUAUGUUUUAACAAUUCAAUCACAUUUUUAUAGAAAUAAUAUAUAUUUGAGUUAAGAUUGAAAAUGAAUUUUUUUUCUUGCCCAUGAUCAAUCAUUAAGUCAAUAAUAUUAUAGUCAUUUAUUGUUUGAAGAUUUUAACGCAAAUGUACACUGUCUUUCUUAUGAAAAGGCCUUUUAAGGGCUUCAUUGGCGACUGGUAUGUUUUUCUAAAAACUGCUGUGCAUGUACACAUUUUUUGUGGUUACUUUUGGGCAUAUGUAAAUGCUAGAAGUGCUAACAUACAAAUAUAUUUUAAAGGUUAUGUAUGCAAAACAGGAGACACACGUAACUAGCACAAGGGCCAAAGUAUAUAUUAUAAUAGGUCCCUGUCUUCAGAGCUGAAGAUUUCCACGAAAAGAGGAAUUCAUACCUCGUUGGUCCAUCUAAUUGCUUGACAGACUGUACUUUGUACCUGCGAAGUGCAGAAACAGCUAAAUUAUUUCUGACUCACUUUAACGGCUUUUGUGUUUUAAUGAUGUCUGAUUUUUGGGUAUAAAGAAGGACCCUACUUCUUCCUUAUUUUCAGUCACUAUUUGACCUCUCUCAAUAGUGACUCAGCUUCUGCUCUUUGCAUAUCAGUGAGAUCUCAUCAACUCUGUUCUUAGGCAAGAACCUUUGACUCAGACUUAUAGAUUUAUACUUAAGCUUGGUUAACAUUAUAUUUGGAUUGUAUUAAGAUUACUAAACUGUUAUUAACUAUUAAACUAAGGUUUAAUUAAGAUUAUUACUAACAUUAUUCUAAUAAUAAUGAUAUUUUGGGUCUUCAAUAUUUCAGAGAUAUUGGAAUUUGAGUGAUUAUUGUCUGUAUUAUUCUGUUAUGAUGAUUGUCAUUUAUUAAAUUCACAUUUGUAUCAUUCAAAAUUAAUAUGUCUAUGAUUGACUUUCUGAUUAUGCUUUAUCAAGCAAUAAAAUCAAUUUAAUCAUCUGA